GUGUAUACCGGCAUUGUUGUUCACUCCUGCAAACAAGAAUUUUAAAAUAGUACUAUUGUGCUUGCUUAAUUUAUUUUUUAUAGUAAUUAUUGUGCAUUACAAAUCCUAAUGACAGAUAUAAAUUUGGCACAUUCCGGGGAUACGUUACAGCAUAUUGUAGUAGAGAGCAAUAUACUCACUUGAAGAGCAAGAUGAAAUUUGAAGUGCUAUCCAGGGAGUUGAUAAAACCAUAUCAUUCUACACCGCAGAGCCUUAGGGACUAUACUCUAUCAUUGAUAGAUGAGCUAUUGCCACCAAUGAAUCUUCCCACCAUUUUAUACUACUACAAUGAUAAUCUCAGUAGUAGUUCAAGAUGCCAGCACUUGAAAAGGUCUCUGUCGAAAGUCUUAACCAGAUUCUAUCCUUAUGCUGGAAGAUACAUCAAAGAAAGUUUCAAGGUUGAUUGCAGUGAUCAAGGUGCUGAAUUUGUGGAAGCUAAAGUUGAUGUCAGUCUCGAUGAUUUCAUUGGCCAAACUAAGAAUUUGAAGAUGGAGCUGCUUAAUUGCUUACUUCCGCGUCCAAUUGGUGCAGUUGAUGGAGUCACUGAUCCUCUGUUAGCUGUACAAGUCUGUGCUUUUGCAUGCGGCGGAUGGGCCAUUGGGAUUCUGACUUCACACAGAGUUGCUGACAUGUCAACCAGCAGCACAUUUGUUAAAGAAUGGGCUAUUACUGCAAAGCAACUAUUAUCAGAGAGCUUUGAUGAAUGUCAUGACUUUCCAGUUAGCUCCUGGACCUCAGCUUCAUUGUUUCCUGGGAAAAAAUUGUCUUGUCGUCCACUGGGAAUGCCCGUGGCUAAAGAAAACUUUGAAUAUCAUAAGAUUGUCACAAAGGUUUUCUCCUUCAAACAAAACUCCAUCUCAAGAAUCCGUGAAAUGGCUAGACUGGACAAAUCAAGUGAGAGGUUGCCGUCAAGGGUACAAUCUGUGAUUGGAAUAAUAGGGAAAGCGAUCAUAGAUAUACAUGUUGUUGCUGAUCCUGGAAACUCUAAAGAAUUUCUAGUCAUUCAAACAGUGAACAUGAGGGAAAAAACGGAUCCGCCUAUUCAUAAAAAUCAAUAUGGAAAUCUGUUCUUAGUAUCGACGGCUCCUAUAGUGGCAAGCGAAGGAGGUGUUGAACUUGAUAGUAUUGUUGAUCUGGUUACUCGAGCUGUCCGGGGAGAAGUGGAGAACUGUAAAAGGAUACUCUCAGUGGGAGGGGAAAUGAUAAUAAGUGAUGGCUUUGAUGUGUUGACAAAAGCUCUUGCAGAGCCUGAGAUUUCUAGUAACCUUGUGUUCACUGACUGGUGCAAGUUUCCAUAUUAUGAAGCUGAUUUUGGCCUGGCAAAACCUGUGUGGAUCAGUGGCAUCAACAGUCCCCUGGGAAACAAUGUGUACCUUUUCAGCGACCAAUAUGGAGAAGGGAUUGAAGCAUGGGUCAAUCUGAGUGCAAAUGAUAUGCGUAAAUUCGAACAGGAUUUGAACAUCAUGGAAUUCAGCACUUGAAAGCUUGAA